UCGGACAAGGCCGUGGGUUGCGUCUUGCAGCCGAACUGUCGCCAAUGUUUAUUUUGUUUUUUGGAGUGUCUUAUUUUGGUCACUAUUUCUAAGUCAAGAGAUGAUUUUUAUUGAUUCCUGUCCCUUAGUCUUCCAAAUACUUUAUCGUAUUGUAAAUAUGCAUUAUCACAUCGCAUGUCUCUUCUGAAAUAUUUAUUCCGUGAAACAUAACCCUGUCGUCUAUUUUGGUGUUAUUGUUGUUAUGCCUGUCAAAACGUCAUGUCAUCUGAACGUUGUGAGUCAUUGUCAGGCAAUGAUUAUUUUAAAAUUGUGUUUUUAAUCGUAAUGGUGCACUAGAUCAAAGGUCAGCACUUAUUUUUCAGAGCUAUCUCCAGCAAGAUGAUGCCCUUGCCGCAACUUCUAGAUGGUUUAGGAAGAGGGCGUUCAGAAGUUGUGCAGAAAGCUUUCACUUUACAUCAUAGAGCCUUUAGAUCAGAAUUUUUGAAACACUUGUCUUCUGGAGCUUCCAUCAACACUGAAGAACAUAUUGGGAGAAUGGCUGUUCUUUUUGAAACUAUUUUAAACCACUUAAAAAAAUGUGACAGAAGCUCUUCUUUUGGUCUAAGUCUUCUUAACCUUACAGCGGACCAUAUUAAAGUUUUGCAACAAGAGUUGGAGGGUUUCAAGUUGUCAACCAGCUCCAAUAAUUCUGUGCAGCAAAAGAAAGCAGUUUUAGAAUUGUUGAAUUUUCAUCUGAAUCAUCUCAAAGCUUUGAUGAAAGAUAUACCUGGGAGCCCAAUGCAUUCUGCAGCCCCAAUCAGGGUUGUUACCUUGGCUCAUGUACACUCCAGCUCAACGUCUAAUGUUCUGAUGAACACUCUGUCCUCAAAAUCGGAUGAAGAUGUGGUACGGCAUGCUUUACUCAGUGCUGAUGCAGUAGACUGUGCUAAAAGAAUACUUUUGUCUAGGGGAGAGCGUAGUGCUGCCCAAGUAAAUGAGUUUUUUGAAAAAGUUGCUGAUACGUACAUAAAUGAAUUGCUUCAAAAAAGGCAAAUAGAUAGGGCCAAAGAUGUUAUCUGCAACACUGAUAGGGAUAUUUGGCCUACCCUGAAAGGCCUAUGUUUGAAUACAACUGACACUAACGUCCGAGACUAUUUGGCAUUAGAGCUCAACUCAAUCAGUAUGUUGGAACCCUCUGAAAUGGAAGCCUGGAAAUUCUUAAUUUUAAUUGAGGGAAUCAUUAAAAAUACAGAGUUAGGGGUUACCGUUGCAGAUGAUAGCCUGCAAACUAUGACACCUUUGGAUGGCAGGAAUAAACUUGAGCUUUCAAUCGCCAGCCUCCUGGCCUUGCCAUGUAAUGCUAGAUCAUCAUUGCUCUCAGAACUCUACUUAGAAACCUUAAAUGGAACAUUAGAAUCAAUGUUGAACAAAGAUGAGUUUUGGAAAUAUUUGAUAUCUUAUGACAAGCUUGAAAUUUUGUUAAAGUGGAUUGAUAUAAACCACUUGCAGACUGAUGCAGAGUCUGAAAUGCCUGACAGGCUGACUACAUUUCUGUCUUUGUGGGAAAUAACUCAAGAUAUGAUAGAUUGCAUUCCAACAUCUAAAUGCUCUGUGGCAACUAAAGAAUGUUUGUUAGACUACCUUAGCAGGUUUUCUUUAUACACAUCUGAAGAGUCCAAUGACCUUCACAGACGUUUGCUGAGAGAGAUUCAUACUAGUCAAAUAUUUAAUGGAAUGGAUUGUAAAAUGAAAGAUCUAUUUGUUGACUUCUGUGUACAGUGUAAUAUGCCAGACCUUAUGGUGUCCUGUGACAUAAAAACUAGCUGUCAAUCACCAGCUUGGUUGGGGCUUUAUACCCAAUAUCAGAAUUUGAAAAAUGACCAGGAUCUCAAAACAUCUCUGAUUGCUGCUAUAGAAUAUUCUGCAGAUUAUCUAAAAAGUUCUAAGUCUGAUAGUAAGUGGCUUUCAUUAGUGCCUUUAUUACUACCUAAAACGACUUCGCAUGAAAUGGAGAGCAACUCCAUCGUUAAAAGUAUGGCGGACCGUGCCGAGCUACAAAGUGCGUUUGGUCAUCAUCCAAAGCUCAUGUCACUGUUGGAAAGCAUGAAUGAGGACCAAACGCCAGUCGACAUUUCACUGCAUCAGCUGCUUAAAGAAAAGUUUGUUUAUCAAAGACUAAAGGAGCAAUCACUUUGCAGCAUGUUUAAGGAAGAUAACACUGGCAAUGAAGUCGACUUCUCCCAUGAGCCUUCUAUACUGUUACAUGGCCAUCAGGAAUCUUUAGACUUUCAGUAUUUUUUGAAGCAGGGAAGGCCUUGUCAUGCAUCAAUGCUUGUACUUGCUGAAGUGAUUCGCAGCUUUGGAAAGCCAUCUCGAAAGUUGCUGAAGAGAUAUAUACUGCCCGCACAUGAAUUGGCACUUUUGAACUCCAUGGACCCAACUAUAACAGGUUCAUGUAUUGCCUUUAUUGAAAUGUUAGGGGAAUCAACGCUUUCACUGCGUACUCACAUUGCAACACUGAAUCAAAUCGCCUCCUUUGAGUCGGAUGACGCAUCGACCUGCGACCCAAGCAACAAGAUUGCUAAUGGCUCUCUAUUUCAACUUAUGAUUGAUGGGAGAGCUAUAAAUCCACAAGAAAUUUUUGACCUGCUCAUGUGCAGUCUUCCUCUAAACAUUCAUAUGCAGGGGCUGGCAGUGCAAAUGGCAAACUUGCACAAACUUCCACUUCCCAGAAUUUUUUUGGAAAAAUGUGCUCAAAAUGAUGAUUGGGUCAACUUUGUAUUAUUUUGCCAGAUCUACAGUUACCCACCAGAUAUUAUCAAAGAUGUAGUUCAGCAAUUUAGAUCAACAGCAUUAAAGGAACAUUUUGAGUCAUUCCUUCAAAAAUAUCCAAUUUCCAUAAAAUCUGCCGGCCGGUCUCGUGUAGAGUCUUCCAGACUUAAGGGUACUGCCCAGACCGUCUCAUCUGAGGGUGCUGGUCCAAAAGACUCAGAACACAUCACCAACUCAUCAAGCUCACAAAUCAAUGAAGGUGGAGUGCCUCCUCUGGUCAAAGACAGUUUGUUUGGUGUUCUCUUGGCAUGCCAUGGUAGUGUGGAUCCUGCAGAAGCCCUGCUUCAUGCUUGUGUGGAAAUACCAUGCCCUGUUCUAGCUGUGUUGGCAGAUUUUUAUCAGGCCAAUGAUGAAGCCAAAAUGGUCGCUUGGCUUGCCAGUUGGCUUCCAAAAGAAGAACGUGUCAAGUAUGAGUCUUGUCAGAAGAAUAUACCAUGGCCACCAGACGUGAUUGAAUCUGUUAUUUUGAAAUCAUUGGAAGUAUCUUGUUCUAAUCUACUCACUGGUUUCAAAUUAUUUUUACCGGAACACCCUUUAGUGUUAGUUUUAGCUAUGAUAAAUGAAUUUUCUAAAAGGGACAAACUUCAAAAUGUGCAAAGCUUACAUGAAUUCCUUACACUAACUGCUGAAUGGGGAAUUGAGAAAAGGAGAGAAAAGAGCCCCUGGUGUUUGAACAACGGCCCUUUUGUCAUUGAAAUUUGUUUAAAAAUAUUAUUUAAGGCUCUGGAGUACCUUCCAUCCUCCAAUGAUAAAAUAAUAUUUGUUCAGAUCCUUUGUGAAACAUAUGCAUCUUUCUCUGCUGAACCUGGGACCAUUGAUAAGUUAAAGACUUUAUUAGAAAUUUUGGACGUGUUAUCAGCCACAGGUGUCCAAUUGAAUGUCAGCAAUUACUUGCAAGACAGCACUGAAGAAAUUUUAGCCUGUACUGAAACACUUAUCUCCCUGAAAUUGUAUAAGGAGGCUUCUUUGAUUAGUGGUCGAACAUUUGUUGUACUAGAGCAAUCUGAUAAAUUUAAAAAGUGGCUUGAAAAUAAUUACCAGGAUUUCAAAGCAUUUUGUGCUGAUUGUAAUGCCUGUUUUGAGGAGGCUAUGGUAGAUCCAUCAGAUGCAUUUAAAUUUUUCCAUACUUGUGUGCCAGAUCUGAAAGAAAAUGUGGACAGAUGGAGAGCUUUACAUAAUGCUCUGAAAUGGUUCCAACAUUCCAUUUCAAAUUCAACCCAAAAUGAUUUGUCAUCUCAAGCUGAUAAGGUAGAAGUUGACAUGUGGAAAUGUUGUGUGUGUGGGAGUGAUCCAGCAAUUUAUAAUAUCCUUGUUGAGGAGCUACAAAAUUCUGCAUUAAGUAAAUUAUGCACCAAAGAAUUAGGAAUUGAUAAUUUUAGUUUUACUGAGGCCUUCCAUCAGUGUGACAAUACCUGUAUAGAACAACCAUGUCCCAGUAAACUCGUCAAUUGUUUACUUGAUGUAGGUGAUAUUGUAUCUGCCAGCCGGGUCUGCAAUUUUUUUCAGUCCAAUCAUCAGGAUUUAGAAAUAAUCCACUCAUGUGUAAGCCUUGUUGAGGGGCAGUUAAAAGUCCAUGAAAUACCAACCCAUUGGGUUUUAUUUCCGGCCCUGAAAUUUGGAGAGACUUGGCAAGAUUAUUCAGCUAACUCACUCGGGAAAGACAAAGGGUUGACCUCCUCGUCAGAAAGUGUAAAAUCUUUUCAGAAUCAUUCAGCCGCCAAUUCAAAAGUUUUGUCUGUUAUUCAAGAGCUUUGCAAGCAGCUGAAGCAUGGGAAAGAAAUUGGCAAGCAGUUGGUUGCAUGCUAUCGGCUUGCUAUAAAUCUAGGUUUAGCUUACAAAGAUGUCAUAGCCAUUACCGAUCCUCUGAAGCUGUUGCGCACAGCAAUGUCACAUACAUACUCUGGUGAUUACUCUGUGGCGUCUGAUAUUAUGAUAGCAUUAAGAAUGUCGUCUGCUGAAAGAGUUCAAUUUCUUAGCCGUGAAAUUAUAGCAGCUAUCAGUAAAGGGCCUGCACCAGGCAAUGUCAAGGUCUUUCUUCUAUGGGGGCAUGACAUAGAGCAGUAUUUCCAACAUUUAUUGGAGUUGGUUCCUGACCCCUCUCUCCUAGGCAAUGAAUUGAUGAAUAUGGUUUGCAAACUGUCAAUAACAGAUAAAAGUACUCCAAAAACAGUUUUAACCACGGCUGUAGAGCUUUUGGUGAGAGCUCAUGACUGUUAUGCUGCUGGAUGUCACAUGGAAGGUAUCUCUCAAGUUUUGCGGUCUGUCAGUAAUUUCACCCAAAUUUUGAAGACCCGCUCAGAAUGGGCAUUGCUGGUUCGUCUCUUGACAGGAAUCCAAAGAUAUACAGAAAUGAACUACAUCUUUAAGGUGCUGAAGGAAAAUGAUCACUUUGAGUUUCUCCUUCGGAAAGAUUCCUUUAAACCCUUGGGCUUUAAGCUAGCUUUAUUGGAUUGGCUAAGAAGAGAAUGCAGCAACGAUACAGCACUCCUGAAAAUGACAGCAGCUCACUUCCAAAUGCACCAGCAGGAGGCAGAGUUAUGGCAAAAGGAGGGUAACGAUCGUCUGAGUGACCUUGUGGCGUGUGGAUUGUCUAACAACCAAAAGACCAAGCAAAGCCUGGAAAUGGCUUUGCAAGAUUUCAGUCACGCGUCAGAAUGUUACUUACAGGGUGAUAUGGUAAAUCAUGCCAUGGUGUGUGCUUACCAAGCUGAACUUGUAGCUCUGCAGCAGCAUCUUCUGUUCAACCAUUCAGAAGGUUCUAUUUUGCGUGUCAUUCAGCUUGAUUCAAAGAGUGUAGGAAAACUCGUCUCAACUUUGGGCUUUCACCAAGCGCUCAUUGUGUCAAGGGCAUACAACCACCGAACGGAUUGGGCGGCAGCUUUAUUUUAUCAUUGUAUUUCUCCCGGACUAUCUUCUGAGGAAUACUUCUCUGCCUGGUCAUCCUCCAUGGAAUUGACUCCAUUAUUGAUACAGAAUAUCGCAUACAGAUUGCAGAGAACCACAGGAAUAACCCGUGAGAUGACCACUAACAUGCAGUGGUUGUUAGGCCAUGUAAAGGACAUGGAUGUGCGGUAUAAGAUCGCUAGUGAGCUGGGCUUAAAGGACAUGGUUGAGUCCCUUCUUCAAGCUCCAGAAGUGGCUUAUCUGAAGGAUACAGUAUGGCAAAGUGGUUUUAAAAGAUAACUAAAGUGAAAUUGUCAUAUAUAUUUUUAUAAACCUGUUAUUAUAAAAAAUUAUAUUUUUGUUACAUUGUGUAUUUGACAGAAUACUCUACAGAGAAUAUGCAGUUAGAAUUAACAACCUUACAACAAGUGUACAAAAGAAAAGAAAGAAAGUUGUAAUCUCUUACUGGACAAAUAAAGAAAACAAUCACAAGCGAAUUAAAAUUUUCAGUCAGCCUUGA